AUGGUGAUUGAUUCAUAUGUUGAAACGUUAGAUACCAUUAUUAGACUGUUCCAAGAGUAUAAGCCGGGCUCUAUUACUCUGGAUAAUAUUACGAAAUUAUGUCAGACAUUGGGUUUAGAAUCGUUUAUUGAUGAUAUUGAUUCUCACUUAUCGAGACUAUCUACUGCUUCGAAAAUUAUAGUGGUUGAUAUUGAUUUUAAUAAGAUUGAAGGUAAGGUUGUCGAUGUAAAAUUGGUUUUAGCUUCGAACUUUGAUAAUUUCAAUUAUUUUAAUGAUGAAAAUGGGAAAGGUGAUAAUAUUUUACUAAAUUCUCUAACUCAAUAUUCAACUUUACGUGAAUUUCAUCAUAAUUUACAAUAUAUUUAUUUAUUGGAUACUUAUUCUCAAAUUGAUUCAGAUCCUUCGAAUUCGAACAAUGGAACUGCUAAUUCAACAGGAGCUAAUAGUACUGGUCUACUUAAUGUUGAUGGCAAUACCUCAGCAGCUACACCUGCGAUUUCUGUCUCUGCCUCUACUACCGGUAAUGGUAAAUUGGAUUUGUUUAAAUAUUAUACAGAGUUAUCUGAAUUUAUGAAAAAUUAUUUUCAAGCAAAUUGCAUAGAUUUAAAAAUUGAAACAAAUUCUGGCAAUAUCUUUGGUAUUUAUAUUGUCUCGCCAGAUGAUAAUUGUAAAUUAGCCAAGAUCUAUUUAGAAAAAUCAAAAGACCCUUCACAUAAACUAUUUGAAUACGUCUUUUCAGAUGAUACAAAGUGCUGGAUAAAUGAAAAUGCAGAAAACUAUACCACAGGUGUCUCUCUAGUGAUGGAAAUUAUUGACUCAGAUGAUUCAAACAUUUGGUUUCCUAAAGAAUUUAUUUCUCCAGAAUUAAUUUGCGAACAAGAUAAAAAUUCAAGGAAUGGAUUCUCAAAUGAUUUAAAUAAAGAAAAUAAUUUAGAUGCUAAUAAAAAUAAUAUUUUGAGUCUAUUCCCUAAUAACAUUAGUGAAUUCUCAUAUAAUGAAAGAGUACAAGUUAUUAAUGAUUUUACAACAGAUUUGAUAAACAUAUCCAAGUUUAAUAUUGGUAAUGAUAAUUUAGAUUUGAUAUUAGAAAUAAUAAAUUGGAUAAAGUGGUAUAAAAUUGUUCUGACAAAAAUUUAUGACACCCUAAGUCAUACCGAUAAUAACUCUGGUAUAUUUAAUUCAAAAAAUGGGUUUCAGAAUGAUAAUAUCAACAAUAAAUCAAUGAAUAUAGAGAAUAAUACUGAAAGCAAUAAUAUAAACGGUAGAAGGCGAUCUAGCUCAAUAGGUUCAACCAGGAAAAGACGUUCCUCCACUAAAAGUAAGAGACCAAUAAUUGCGGAGGCUAUGAUGCUUAAAGAAGAAGGUUUACAACAAUUCAAUCUUCAUGAAAUUUUAUCUGAACCAGCAGUAGAGGAUGAAACAGAAGCUCCUGCUACUAAUGGAGAAACCUUGUUAUCUAAGAAUGAUGAUAUGGACACUACAUCUACAUCUACAUCUACAUCUACAUCUACAUCUACAUCUGAAAAGGGUCAAUCAAAUGUUAUCCUAUGUGAGGAUCAUGUGUCACUGGAUCAAACAUCAAGUUGUACAUUAUAUGACGAUGUAGAAAAAUGGAAUUCGUUUAUAGAUAUAUUCAAGAAGCACAUCAAAAAAGCCAAUGAUGACAAUAAUUAG